AAAACACGUCUCGUGUGCAGAGUGAGUGCAAAAACAAAAACCGCAAAACAGUGUGCAAGUGUGACACAGAAAACAUCAACCCUUGCAGCUGUGGCCAGGCCUGCCAGUGUGGUACCGGGUGCACCUGCGCUGAGUGCAACACUUGCAAGUGCACCGCGGAUAGCUGCAAAUGUGGAAACCAGUGCACCGGAAGUGGAUCGUGCAAGUGUGGCAGCGGCUGCGGCUGCAAGUAA